AUGAGGUGGGACCGUCAUGGAGGAACCCACAGGAGAGAGCAUUUCGGCGAAGAAAAGGAAGACCAGUAUAUGUUCCGAAGCGGCGUGGUGAAGGCCCUGGCUCGCUUGGUGGCCACCAGUGCCCUCUUCCGCUCUCCUGACUUCACCGUCUCCCUGCUCUUCGCCCACAACCUCCACCAGUCGAGGGUGACAAUGCCUUCAAUGUUACUUUUAAUGAACGCUUUCCCUAGAAUAUUUCCCACGAACAAACAGCAAUUGGAUAAUAAGUGGAGAGCCAUUGACAACAUAAAAUUUCCAGACUGUAUGAAAAAUCAAAGAAAUACAGACCUAUUCUACAAGGAAAUGUCAAGUAUGAAAGAUGAUUUUGGUGAACCAUAUUUCCGUGAGCUGCUAUACUUUGCUCUGGAGAUAUUGUCUUUGCCCACAUCAAAUGUUGAUGAAAGAAUCUUUUCCAAGCACGAGCGCCUGUUGCUGUCUCUGCCCUGCAUCAAUUCCAUCACUGCUCAGAUAAUCCUGACGGCGAUGUCGCUGCCAGACGUGUUGACGUUGCCCCUGUCCAACCUCAUCAGCGCCCUCCCCUGGAUACCAAACAAGGUCGUCACGACGUUAUAUGGACUACUGCACGGGGAUGCUGUCAGCGUUAUUAAUAGUUAUGGUACUACGAAACCCCUGAGUAAUGUUCCUUCACUACCCACUAAGACCGAGGAUGCUGCUGCCUCCGAACCCCUGCUAGUAGAUGUGUCUGAACAUGAUCAACCAAAUGUAGUAAAUCAAACACUGUCCUAUUCAGAUUAUGUGGAGGGCAGAGUGCUCGAGGAAUCAACCCAGUUAUAUGUGAACGACCGAGAAGUUCCAGAUGUGGUUUUACUCUCUCCUUAUGCUUAUCAUGACAAGUCGGUGUUCACACAGAAUACAAAGGUUGAAUGUCCCGAUACAACACUUUCUACUUGUGUUACUGAGGCGGCAGGUAACCACCACACUUCGCUUCAUGGUGCCUUUCCUUCCAUCCCACCUGAAGGAAAAUAUUUAGGGAACCUCUUCAAUGCCAAGGACUUCCUCGGUUCAGUUCCCUCCACUGCUGCAACAUCUCUUGAUCACCAACAGCUAACACGUAUGCAACGAAUUACAGCUACACACCAAGUGUCACAGGUACAUCAACAAAUGUCACAACUGCCAGAACAACAGCAAGCAGUACCGCAGUUUUACCAAGAAACGCAACAGCAAAUUCCGCAUCAGUACCAACAUAGGCAAUAUACGCAACAAGUGCCACAACCGCACCAACAGGUGUCACAGCCGCAGCAGAUGCCAUUGCUGCAUCAGGAAAUAUCACAGAUGCAACAAAUAUUACAGCCACCACUUCCAUCACAGCUGCCAAAGCCAGUGCCACAGCUGCAGCAAGAAAUCCCACUGUUGCCACCAUCCUCACUGCAGCACCAGCAACACCAUGUACAACAUUAUUACCCACAGCAACAAGAGGAAAUUGUCGUUUUGUCUCCAUAUUUCCCUGAGGUGCAAAACGAUUACACUCAGCCUAUUGGAAACUUGCCCCAAGACGUGGUAAUACCUGUACCUGCUUCACAACAUAACCGCCCUAGCGGGGUCAGUACCUCAGAGCCACAAGGUUACCAUGGUAGUGUCACACGUCAAGGGAUGUAUUGUGGCAACGUAUAUCAGCAACAACAACUACAGCAACAAAAACAACAACAACAACUACAGCAACAACAACUACAGCACCAGCAAAGCCAUCUCCCUCAAGGAUACUGGAAUGGUUCUCCAUCCCUUCACCAACAACCCUUAACCCUACGGCCUCUCGGCAAUAAGAUCUUCGGUGUGGCUAAACCCUAUCAACAUCAUGGUAAUGCCAGUAUGCCCGUGCCGCCGUCCCCACGGGUAACUCUCCGUCAGGAGGGGCGAGGCCACCAAUAUCCUGAAGACUAUAACUUCCCUUCUAGCCAGGCCAAAGGCUUCGGGGCCAGCCAGGUGCCCUCCACACCCAACACGAAGAAACUGGCCUAUCAGAAGGUACCGGGUCGGGGUGGACAGACAAAACUAGUUUUUCAACAUAAUUAAUUUGUUUUUCAAAGAGGAACGCUCAUUUUAGUGGAUAUUUUUUUUAUUAGCAAAUGUAUAUAAUUAUAAUAGUACAUGACAUAUUAUAUUAAUGUGAUCUCAUAAGUCACGUUUUUGUUUGCCUAAUUGGUGUGUGUACAGUAUAGUACAGCACAGUGUUGUGUUGUGUUGUGUUGUGGCAAAUAACUUUUUUAUUAUCUUUAUCGCUUUUGUUACUUUCAAGAGUAAAGUUGCCACAGCCCCCUAACUACCCACCUUACCCCUCUGUAACUAUUAGCGUUGUGGGUUCAUUUGGUUCCCAGAGUGGAACCAGCACAACCUUAGUUAGGUGAGCUGUUGCACGCAGCAAUAGACGCCCUUCUCUAGCCACCUUGUCCUCUAGCGUCUCGGGUGCUCAUCAGCAGGCAAUAAUUAUUAGCUGGUAAAUGAAGAUAAUAAAAGAGAUAUUCGAAUUUGGUUAUGUUUUAAGGUGCUACAGAUUAGAUGGUAUAUUGAUUCGCAUGAGACCUUGUGUUAAAUAUUUUGAAAUUAUCAAAGUACCAAUAUCUCGUCAACUUACUUGUGGUAUGAUGAUUUGGGUUUACGGAUAUAUUUUAUGGUUGUUUCGACUAGUCACGAAACUUAAUAUAUUUUUUUUAAGAAGAACUUGAUGCCUUGUAUUAUCAGGCCUUAGAUUUUCCCAUACGGGUCAACUUUUUUUUUUUUGUAACCCAGGAUCAUGUCUGAUGUUCGCAUAAAGUCAAUGAGAUUUUUUUAGGGGGUGGGAGAGUUAAGGUGAUUUACUAGUAACACACGGGGGUCUGGAGACUUCUGGCCUAAAAUUUUAAGGACCAGCAAAAUUUCUUAAAACCCAGGCCUGUGUUGUACUGUACUAUAAUCUAUUUCUUAAUUUUCUUAAUUUUAUUUGGGAAUUUGCACUUUAAUGACUAGGAAUUAAACUUAAUUUUCAACUGAUUCUAUUCAAGAAAUUGUUAGCAAUACUUUAU